AUGGUACUAAAAAUUCCAUAUAGUACUGUACUGACUACAGCCAUAGUUACAUCAUGUAAAAAUGGUGCAACAGUAUUGAGAUUCCUAUUAAAACAAUUUGUAGGAACUUCUAUGAACUUAAUAUUUAUUCAUGUCUGA